AAUGCUAUUAGAAAGAUGGCAGCGAAGGCGAGGAUUUUCGCUGGUCUUUUUCUUAUUUGCAUUGUCCUCCCUUUGCUGGCCUCAGCAUUUGUAGAUCAUCUACCUGAAGUUGGCCAAGUAAACGAGUCCGAUAACAAUGAUGUACCGAUCCAUGUUAGUACUGUCGCUCACUUCAGCGAAAAGCAAGUUAAGGAGGCAUUGAUAAGAAGGGCAAAGGCAGUGCAUGAUCUGUGGGCAAAUUUUCGUUAUAAUGAUAAGAAAGCUGCACCCGAAGAAGAUGUUGCACCUGUAACUCCAACGCCUGUUGAUCCAACACCUACACCUACACCUGUGCCUGUUAACCCUGUUCCAAUUGAUCCAACACCUGUGCCUGUUAACCCUGUUCCAGUUGAUCCAACACCUAAUCCUGUGCCUGCUAACAAUGUGCCUGCAGGAUAUCCGGGAGCAACUCAAGGGCCGCCUGUGGCGAUGGGAUAUGGGGGUGCACCUAUAACACAAAAUCCAUCAGACCAACAAACUGUGCCUGAACAGCCAGGUGCUGCUCAGAACCAUCCAACACCGGAAGAAAUUAAGGAGAAUCGCAAACAUGCUGGAUUACAAGUGGGAUUUUACGAUUACACUUGCCCGAAUGCUGAGAAGAUUAUUAAGGAUGGAAUGACCAGAGCUUUUGGGAAUGAUUCCAGCAUGGCUGCUCCAAUUCCACGUCUUCUGUUCCAUGAUUGCUUUGUCAAUGGAUGUGAUGCGUCUCUAUUCUUAGACAAGACACCAAGUGGUGCAAGGGUAGAGAAACUCGCCCCCUCCAAUGGUGCAACAGUUAGGGGAUUUGAACUCAUAGACGAGAUCAAGGCUGAGCUUGAGGCAGAAUGUCCUGGCAUAGUCUCAUGCUCUGAUCUUUUGGUAUACUUGUCAAGGGAUGCCUUUGUUGUAUCAGGUGUCCCUUACUACGAUGUGCCUGGUGGACGUCGUGAUGGAAUGGAAUCCCUUGAAGCAAAUGUUCUUGGAAACCUCCCACUUCCUGAUAGUACAGUGGACAAGAUGAUUGACCUGUUUAAAAAGAAAGGUCUGAAUGAAGAGGAUUUGGUUGUCCUAAUUGGUGCCCACUCCAUUGGAGUAGCCCAUUGUUUCAGCUUCCGUUACAGAGUGGAUGAUCCAGUGAAGGCUACUAUGGUAGAUCCAAGACUCGCUGGAGUUAUGAAAUUCACAUGUACCAGCCCAAUGAGUACUCUGGCUUUUGAUACCACCACACAGUACAAGAUGGACUCCAUUUACUACAAACAGCUGUCGGGGAAGAGAGCAUUGCUUGAAUCUGAUGGACUUUUGAAUGAAGAUCCCAGAACAAAGGACUUUAUCCAGAAGUUUGGUGACGAUGAAAAGGGAUGGUUCACUAAGUUGGGUAAGGCCAUGAACAAGUUGGCUUCAAUACAAGUGCUCACGGGAGACCAGGGGCAGAUCAGGAAACAAUGCCGGUUUGUCAACUAAAAACUGGAUAUAAGUCUCUAACAUGCAUCAAAAUUGAAUUGGUUCUUCACUUCAUUUUCCCCCCUAAAUUUUCCAUGUUUUACUUAGAAGCUCAUAGGACCAAUUUAACAAACAUACAGACGGUGCAUGAGGGGUGUAGGUUGCUCAUCUGCAACAAAUUAAACACUAUGUACAAAGCAAUUUUUUGUCUGAAAUUAAAUCAUA